CAAAAUAAUGGUACCGCUUUCAGCACCUAAAAUCUGAAAUAAUCAUACCGCCAGGGAGGUUAUGGUAAGUGGCUAAGAAAUUACUGAAGCCAUUAGAUCGGUAUUAUAGCCAGACAACUAAUUUCUGAAAAUUAAUUUAGCAAUGGCAGCCCCCUUAAUACAGAAUGUGUACACUGCUUCAAUAUAUUCCAAAGUUAUGUGACCAUGCCUUGUAGCCGUUUCGGUUUAACAUCCUAAGAGCUUUGGGGACUGGAUAUACCAGUAAUAAAAUGGCAGCUUUGUUGACAUCAUUCUCAUCCCCAAUGUGUCUGACACUGGUGACUCGUUCAUAUAAAAUAUACAUUUUUACCCUGAGGGCAAAGGGGGCUGUAAGGGCUGCCAGUGGGACAUCAGUUCUUUAAGAAAAGAAGAUGAAUGUGUAAAUGACCUUUUCAGAGAAUUACACCUACUACGCUUCUGCCAUAAGCUGGCUGGCCUUUUAAAAAUGUGGCACUGGAGCUUUAAACAAAGCUGAUUAAGUCUUCCCUGCAUAGUUCUUGGUAGAAGAGGAUGUGAUGGGAUUAGCCAGGUUGCUGCUGCUGCUAACACGUUUUACAAAGGUCUGUAUGAAGAUGGAGUGACAGGCUGAUUCAUCUUGCUGUACAUCCAGUUCCAUUUUUGCUGAUUGGUUUGAUUGGAUGGUUCAUCCACAGAAGGCUGGAGAAACAUCCAGAAUGAGGGAGACCAUGGAAAUGAAUCCUGGCUGCCUUCAAGAGAAUGGACUGUCACAGAUCCUCACACUGGUCCUUGAUGAGUUGGGUCUGUUCUACCACAGAGAUGUCAAUGGAAUUGGAGUACUGUACAGUUUACUACAGGCUCCAUGGCUGCAGUCCUUACUAAAGGUUCAUGACUGCCUACAUCAAUACAUAAGAAAAAGGCCUAUGCCUGUUGUACCCAAAGCCCGAACCCUAUCCAGUGAGGUAGUAGAUGUAUUGCGCGAGGCUCCACCUUCUUCUGAUUCUCGUGAAUUAAGACGUCUCCUGCGAGGCCCGCACUUUAAGGCUCUCUUGUCUGCACAUGAUAUUGUGGCACAGAAAGAUUUUGAACCCAUUCUUCCACCACUGCCAGAUAACAUUUCUGAAAAUGAGGAGGCUAUGCGGAUUGUGUGCUUGGUGAAAAACAAGCAACCCUUGGGAGCUACAAUUAAACGUCAUGAAAUAACUGGAGACAUAAUUGUUGCCAGAGUGAUCCAUGGUGGCCUUGCUGAUAGAAGUGGUUUAUUGUAUGCUGGGGAUAAACUGGUGGAAGUAAAUGGUGUUCCUGUGGAAGGGUUGGAACCAGAACAAGUAAUUCAGAUUUUGGUGCAUUCUGAAGGAACAAUUGUAUUUAAACUCAUUCCUGUUGGUGAUCGUACUGUGAGCAGUCACACAACGCUAUUUGUCCGAGCCAUGGCAGAUUACUGGCCUCAGCAGGACCCAGCUAUUCCCUGUGCUGAUGCUGGUUUACCUUUCAAAAGAGGGGAAAUCUUGCAAAUAGUUGACCAGAGUGACUCCAUGUGGUGGCAAGCUAGAAAAUCUUCUGAUCUCAGUAGGUGUGCAGGCCUCAUCCCAUCUAACCACCUUCUCAAAAGGAAACAACGAGAAUUUUGGUGGUCUCAGCCCUUCAUGUCUCACGCUUGUCUUAAAGCAUCACAAUUGAGCCCUAUAGGGGAAGAAGAAGAUAUGAGGAUAGAUGAAAAGUUUGUUGAAGCUGAUGAGGAAACAUUUGAGUCAGAGGAGCUAAAAGGAGAAGAGGAAGAAUUUGGUUAUGGGUCAGGAUAUGUUAUUGCUGGUUUUCGGAGAAGUAUGAGGCUUUGCCGCAGAAAGUCCAACAACACUCAUAUCUCCUGUUCCUCCCGCUGCCCCAACAGUUGUUACCACACUGUGGCUGCACCCUAUGAGGAAGUUGUGAGAUAUCAGAGAAGGCCUUGUGAUCGCCACAGACUCAUCGUACUUCUAGGGCCUUCAGGAGUUGGAGUUAAUGAACUAAGAAAGCAGCUUAUUCGUUCAAAUCCCAGUUUAUUUCAAAGUCCAGUGCCACACACUACACGUCCUAAGAAGAGUUAUGAAGAGGACGGGCGUGAAUAUUUCUUUGUAUCUAAAGAAAUGUUUGAAAGUUUGGUAUAUAGUCACAGUUUUCUGGAGUAUGGAGACUACAAAGGACAUAUGUAUGGAACAAGUGCAGAUACGGUGAAAUAUGUUCUUGAUAAAGGAAAAAUAUGCAUCAUUGAUCUGGAACCACAGGGUAUCAAUGGAGCCAGAACGCAUGAACUUAAACCAUAUGUCAUAUUUAUUAAACCGCCAAGCAGAAACUGCAUGAGGCAAACUCGGAGAAAUGCCAGCAUGAUCACAGACUAUUUUGUCAAUAUGAAGUUCAAGGAAGAAGAUUUCCAGGAGAUUGAAGAGUCAGCAAAGAAAAUGGAGGCGCAGUUUGGACAAUAUUUUGACCAAGUGUUGAUUAAUGAUGAUCUGCAGUCAGCUUGUGUCCAACCUUCCAUAGUCCGGCGUGCUCAGGAUGAGCCACAGUGGAUUCCAGCAUCUUGGAUCUGCUGUGAUUCUUGAAACCCCAAAAUGGACACUAAUAUAGUUAUCAAUAGCAAUUGUAUGCUUAGUAUCAAUUUGUUGAAGCCAACUCCAGGAAUUACCAAACAACUACCUUUGCAGUGGAGCCUUACAUUUGUUCUUGCUCCAGAGCUCUCCUAAGCACCAGCUCUUGUACGAACCUUGCCUUCCUCAUGUACAAUGCAGGGCUAUUGGCCCAGGUUGUACUUGAUGACAUCAUCAUUUGACCACAGCUCAGAACCUUUUAUAGAAAAGGCUUCAGGGGACAAGUCACAGGGGUAGUGCAAGGGUAAUUUUUGUGUAAUUCUCUGAGUUGGGCUUUAAAUCGUUAGGUAGGGGAUUUAAAAAAAAAGAAUAAGUCGGUUUACAUAGAGAUAAACCUCUUUUCUUUCACACAAAAAAUAUUUUGGUAAUGUUUUGCAAUAGAGGCCACUCUAAAACAAUAUAUUGUAUUAUCUUGAAUAAAGUUGGUCUGAGGAUUUUACCUGCUAACAACUCCAUAGCUGCAGUGAGCCUGA